AUGGCGUGGGCGACCGAGAUCCCCCUCCUGCUGCAGUACCUGGAAGGAAGAACUGAGAGCUCGCUGGCCUCUGCAGAGUGGGAGCGCCGUGUGCUUAAGUUUCUGCGAGCGUCGCUGGAGCCCGUCGAGGACAAGGCCUGGACCGUAGGCCUGAGCCAGGAGCUGAGCCAGCGGCUGGGCAGCUCUGCUGCCGGCUCCUGGGAGAAGCUUUUCCUGUACAAGGCUCUUGGGACGGUGCUGGCAGCUUGUCAGGACCUCAGACACGUCCAAGGGCAGGUGCUGAGGUUCCUCCAGGAGACCAACCCUGUGGAGCUGUCUGAGGCCAAGGGAAUGAUUUCUGUUGUGUCCCACGCUGCCGAGAGCCACUUCUACCUGCUCUUGGGCACGCUGACUAUGUUCUCUGCCGCUUUCACCAGAGGCUGGGCCUACCAGGCUUCCACGGGCUGGAAGAGGAUGGGGUUUGGCACCUGGUGGAUCAGAGCCACCCAGCUGGGGCAGCUGCAGCGGUUGCUUGCGUGCUUGCUUGCUUUGCUUGCUUGCAGCCACGUUGCCCCGGACUUAACUGCAGCAGGAGCUGGUGACGAGGGGGUGGGGCACGGUGUAACACUCUGCCCCUUCCUCAAAGCUGAGGGCUGGGAGCAGGAGCCUGCCUACAGCGGCAUGGCGCUGCACGCCCCCAAGGAGCAGCUGCUCGCCUGUGUGGAUAAAGAAAUCAUGGGCAACAUCCUGAGGCUCUCCAGAGAUAAACAGAGGGUAGGAGCACAGGGCGCGUAG